CAGUGAUGCUCUCCAUCCCCUUUUUUCUAGCUCCAAUUCGUGUAUUGCUCUGCAAAUUUUCAAUUUUUAACGAUUUUUUGACCUCUGAAGCCAAACAAAGCAUAAAGGUGAGGGGCAGGGAAAGGAGAACGGAAGCGAUGAUAACGCGAUCGAAUUUAGCAGAGCAAUUGAGAGAGUAUCAGAUUCGAUCUAAGCACGAUUGGGCCACCGUUUCGUUUUUCUCAUCAACGUCUAAUCUCACAUCUUCUAGGGUGGAUGUUGUGGUCUUCGUUAUAUGGGAACUCAUUAUUUUAGCUUUCCUGGUUUUUUCAGCUGUUUCUUUAUAUUUUAGGCAUAUGCAACUUGCCUUUAUCCUAGUAUGCAUCACAAUGUUAUUGCUUCUCGGCAUGAAAAUCACAAAGCAAGUGAGAUUGGCUAGGAAAAAGAAAAGAAGGAUGCUUCUUCCGUUAUCUAUGUAGGACUACAUGAAGCUUGGAUUUGUUUAAAUGGGACCAAUUUCAUCUUGUAAAUUUGAGAUUUAUUGAUCAUUGCAUUUGGCCCAUGCUUGCUCUGGUCUAUUGGAAUAUGUAAUUGUGCCUGAAGCGAGCUGAUGAAGGAAUAUGAUUUGAUAUGAUCACCCUGAAAAUUGGUGAACCACCGUGAGGCUAAAGAUUUGAGAUGGAAAGUUGUGAUGUUCUAAUUGAACUAGGAGCAGUUAGUUUUAAGGUAAGGUGCCUCUCUCACUACCUUUCUGCCAUAUGCAUGGCUCUGAGAAACUAUAUUGGAAUGCUAAUCCUGGUGGGAAUGUAGUGAACAAUAUUUGCUUUAUUUUGUAAUUUGUUUAGACAUGUUUGUAGUUUAUAACACAUCAGAGGAUGGAAAUGGGUGCUGUGAGUGUUUGAAACAUUUUGCAUGUAUGAUGUACCGGUACAAUUGUUUUUAGACAGAUCAAAACGAUUCAUGAUUUACGUUUUUCCAGUUGAUAGAA